CUAUGUUCCACUAGGAACCCAAGGCACAAACAAUAAUAAUAAUAAUACGCUGUCCUCGAUCAAAAUGAGUUGGCUUUGAAAUUUUCAAUUUACAGCCUGUAUUAUUGUCUAUACGUGUUAAGUGUUUAUCCUUGAAUGAAUGGAAUGGUUUCGUAUAUUCCCCUUUAUCUAGAAUAAAAAAUCAAUAGGAUAUCUAAAGAUGUCUCAAUAAAUAAUCACUGUUAUAUGCCUUAUUCACUAGUAGACUGGUGAAUAUUUCCUGAGCUGUAAUCACUAUAUAUAUUCGAGUUAGCUAUGCAAUAUGUAUAUAUAUAUAUAGGUCGAUAUAUUUAAAAUUAGAUUAUCGAUUAUCAUUUCAGUUAAAGUAUUAUCAUAGGAAAUGUACAACAAUUGUUUAAUGAAUAGCUUAAUGAAUACAAUUAAUGAAAUAAUUGAAAUAUUUUUUUGGAAAUCACAAUCUGGAUGUAUAUGGCAAGAAAAUCCAGAUCUUUUUGAUGAUACAAUAGCUCAAAUUCAUUCUGAAGCAGCUGUUUUUGAUGCAAUACUACAAAGUAAAAAGCCUGGUGUACCUUCAUUAGAAAAAAUUACCAAUACUGUAAAAUUUCUUAAACAUAACAAUUUUUGGCGUUCUAAUCCCUUUUCUUUAUACACUACUAAAGAGAAUGAUUUAAUUCAUAUAAAAGUAAUUACAAAAUUACAAAAGAAACAUAUUACAGAUUUAUGGGAAAAUAAUAAUACAAAAAUAUUACAAAAUAUGGAAAUAAAACCAUCAUUUACAAAAAUAAGAUAA